AUGGGUCUCCUCUCCUAUGUCGGCCUUCGGCGCCGUGAUCAAUGGGAGCCCAUGACUCUCAUCGACCACUUCCUCUCAUCACCUCUGACAUACAUCGCCUACUUAUUCUAUCACAUUGUACUCCUUCUCCGUGGUCGUCCCUUUCUUCCGCCUCGCAACAAGCCCGCUAUUCACGUUGUCUGCAUCUCCGACACACACGAUCUCAAAGUCGACAUUCCCAGGGGCGAUAUUCUUAUUCAUGCAGGCGAUCUCACAGAUGCUGGCACCGUAUCAGAUAUUCAAAAGCAGCUCGACUGGCUCAAGGAACAGCCCCAUCCCGUCAAAGUUGUCGUUGCAGGUAACCAUGAUAGCUGGUUCGAUCAAAAGAGUCGCCCUGAAGAGGAUGCGCGCUCAGGCGCAAAGCCUAACAUGGACGGUCUUAUUUACCUUGAGAGUGGCUUGACUGUACAAAAAGUCAAGGGUCGAACUGUCAAUAUCUUUGGCGUGCCUGAUAUCCCAGAAAUUGGCCCUAAAGAGUUUGCUUUCCAGUAUGCUACUGAUAACCAUCCCUGGUUGAGCAAGGUGCCGCCUCAAACUGAUAUCCUCAUCACACACUGUCCUCCUGUAAGAUCCAGACAUCCUUCUCGCCUUCAGAUUCUUGCAGCUUACACAGGUCAGAAACAUCAUCUUGAUCUUGGCCUGGGCGACAGCAACCUCCUUCGCGAAGUCUGGCGAGUGAAGCCUCGUCUUCAUGUCUUUGGUCACGUCCAUUAUGCAUAUGGCAAAGAAUCUGUUUUUUUUGAUAACUUCCAGGAGACAUACGAGCGUAUCAUGUCGCGACCCCGUCGUGGUCCAAUUCUAGAUUUUAUCCCCAAUGAGGCUUGGCUCGAUUAUUUACGCUUCCUAGCUCAAGGAGUUCACGCCGUGGCCUGGAAGUGGAUCAUGUCGGGUCCUGGAAGUAACAAUGGCAGCUUGAUGGUUAAUGCUGCUCAGAUGAAAGGAAACUCGGGCAAGGUUAAAAGUAGGGCCGUUGUCGUUGAGAUUUAA